UCCUCCACACCUCCCCCUCUCUCUCCUCUGUUUUAUUGCAGGCAGAUUAAUAGAGAUUUUUUAAUCUCGGAGACACACUCUCAGAGAUUAGGGUUUUGUUUUCUGUUGUUAUUCUGAUCCUCCUUUUUUUUUUUUUUUUUUUUCCUUUUCCGUUUUUAUUUUUAUUUUAUUUUUAAUUUUGUUUGUUGGGUGGGUUAAAUAAGUGUGGCUCCUAGAGAGAGAGAGAGAGUGGAGAUUUUUUGUUUGAUUGUGUGGUGCUGUGUUGGGUUGUGGUUUUGGUUUGGAAUUGUGGUGAUGAGUCGUGAGGUGGGUAAUUGUGGGAAGAUCUCUGUUGGGUUUUAGGGUUUUUGGUUCUAUUGAAUCUUGGAGGGCCUAAAGGCCAGGUUCAUGGCCGGGAGUAAUGAAGUCAACCUCAGUGAGUCCAAGAGGGUGGUUCCACUAAAUACAUGGAUUCUAAUAUCCAAUUUCAAGCUGGCUUACAAUCUUCUGCGCCGUCCUGAUGGCACCUUCAAUCGCCACUUGGCUGAGUUCCUUGACAGGAAAGUCCCUGCCAAUGCAAACCCAGUUGAGGGGGUGUUCUCUUUUGAUGUCAUCAUCGACCGGAGCACAAGUCUCCUUAGCCGAAUCUACCGACCGGCCACAGGAGAAGAAGCUCUCCCCAGCAUCAUGGAGCUUGAAAAGCCGGUGACGGGUGAUAUUGUUCCUGUCAUACUUUUCUUCCACGGUGGGAGCUUUGCACAUUCCUCUGCUAAUAGUGCAAUAUAUGACACACUUUGCCGGCGCCUUGUUGGCAUAUGCAAGGCUGUUGUUGUGUCUGUGAAUUAUCGGCGAGCACCUGAAAGCCCAUACCCUUGUGCCUAUGAUGAUGGCUGGGCUGCUCUUAAGUGGGUUAACUCGAGGCCAUGGCUUAAAAGUGAGGAGGACUCAAAAGUUCAUAUAUACAUGGUUGGGGAUAGCUCUGGGGGCAACAUUGUUCACAAUGUUGCUUUGAAGGCAGUAGAAUCCGGAAUUGAAGUAUUGGGAAAUAUACUACUGAACCCAAUGUUUGGUGGACAAGAGAGAACUGAAUCAGAAAAGCGUUUAGAUGGAAAAUAUUUUGUCACUAUCCAAGACCGGGACUGGUACUGGAGAGCUUUUCUCCCUGAAGGGGAAGAUAGGGACCAUGCGGCCUGUAACCCUUUUGGUCCCAAUGGUAAAAGCCUUGUAGGAAUGAAAUUCCCCAAGAGUCUUGUUGUGGUUGCUGGGUUGGAUCUUGUUCAGGAUUGGCAAUUGGCUUAUGUUGAAGGGCUUAAGAAAGCUGGUCAAGAGGUGAAACAUCUAUACCUGGACAAGGCAACAAUCGGCUUCUACUUGUUGCCAAACAACGACCACUUCUAUACUGUCAUGGAUGAGAUAAGUGACUUUAUGUUGAAGAUGAUAAGUUGGGAGAGAUUGGCAAUGGAGACAAAUGCAAAAAUUGGCUUGUUUUGAAGGCACUUAUUGGUGGUUGGAGUUUUGGAUGGUAUUGAGAAGGGACCACAUUGAGAAGCCUCAGACAGAGCUUUGAAGCUGCUGGUAUUUGCUUUCGAAGAAUAUUAAAAUGGUAAGGAACAGCUAAGCUUUGGACAGAGACAUGCAGUCCUCUUUAAUUGACUUUCCAUGCCCAAAUUUGAAUAUGAUAGAAACAAGAAACUGGGUUUGUUUGAUUUGAAGGUUUAUUAUGUUUUGCCGUAUUAUUUUAGUUCUUUCCUUUUCCUUGCCCCCCCUUUUUUUUUGGACCUUAAUUAGCUGGUUCAAGGUCACACUGCUAUGCAACAUGUCCAUGGAAAGUCACUGUCAUCAAAUGAGUUUUCCUUUGUUUAUUGUUGGGCAAAUCUGAACUUGGGUACAAUGUCCAAGUUGGCUACCAAUGGGACUUUAACAUUGAGAUCUGGGCUUGGGCUGGGGCCUUUGGCACCAAUCCCAUGUCAAAGAUUGAUCUGAAUUUACUUCAA